AUGGGGGACGAAGCAGCGAAGCAGGAACCGAAAGCCGGAAAGGGCAAGGCUGUCACAAGGCCGGGGGAGGGGGACGAUGCGGCUGAUUUGCAAGCUUCGGGGACGUCACUACCCCAGAUGGUGCAGUCCGCGGCGUCCUUUCUGCUCUCGGGGCCGCCAGCCGGGAGCGGACUUGGGGCCAGCGACGAAAAGGGAGGCUCAUCACGAGUCGGAGAGGCUCUAGCAAGGGCAGGCGAAAGCUCCGUCCAGCUGCGCUCCAACCUUCCAGCGCCGGGUGGUGCGACUCUGAGGUCGGGGCAGGCGCAAGAUCAUAUUGCUCAAGAGGAAGCAUCCUUCUCAGCCUUCCUCAACAGUGACAAUGCACCGGCGCUGACGGUGCCGGAGGAGAUGCAAAACGCGUGGCAGCCGGCCGCCCCUAGGAGUGCAAUACCGGCGGCCGAACGGGCAGAGCAGCCGAACUCCCACUCAGUCGCGGAACAACAGGCGAGAGACGGGAACGAUGUUGUCGCCAUGCUGUCCGGGGAUGGCGACCUUGAACAGGUGUUUGCAGAGGUCGGCGCGGCCCCGUCACCGAGCGACCUCGCAAAUCUCCGCGAGGCGUUGUUCGGGGAAGGUGCUGAGAACCGCGUGCCUUCAUCUGCGUGGGACAACGUACUCAACUUUAUUCCUGAAUACCUCAGGGCAGCUCCAACCGAAAGCAUCGGCCCGGGAGACCCGGUAUCCCAGCAUCUCGGCACAUCAAACACUGGAGAAGCCUGGGAAAGCUGGCUGGAUCAGUGGUCCCGGGUGCUGACGAGCUACCAAGACGAGGUCUGGGGCGACCUUAAUGCGCUUGUCGAGGAGGCUCGCGCCGAGGUGCAGCAGAUAGAGGAGAUCAAGCCGGGCGACAAGCCUAUUGAACCAACGGCCUUGUUGCGGUUGAGAACCAUUCUCGGUCACCUGCGCGGGCCGUGA